AGACGAUCUGUGCGCACGGCGCCGUGUUUACAGCGAACGCAGCAGACUGCAGACUGACCGAGCGAGACCGUGCGUGUACCUGUGCAUUAAUCUGUCUAACCACGCUGCCCGUUUGGCUAUAUAUUGGCGAAAAGCACCGAGUUGCAAAAAAAUCUUGACCAAAUCAGAGGCUUUGCAGUCCGAUAUUACUUUUGCCAUCAACGACGUCUACAACAACAAGGCGGUGUGUGUGAGCGUGUGAUGACCGGCUGAGGAGGAGGAGAAGGAGGUGGAGGAGAAGGAAGGAGGCUUCGGUCUGAAACCAGAUUUUGUCGUGGAUAUUUCCACGGAGACGUUGCGUCGUUCAGAUAACAGUGCUGUGCUUAAAUGCAGCGUGCCUUUGGAUGCCCCGCUUCAUCUCGUUUCACCCCCAUUUUAAGGCUAGUCUGAACCGUUUCAUGCUUCCCGAAGACCCUGCAGCAGCAGGACAUUGAAGAUUUUUCCUCCCUGUUGAUAUGGAGUGUGAAGAUGUGGAUUACGAUAACCGAGGAAUCCCCGCCGCUAGUUUAGCCGCCAUGCUUUCAUUAUACACGUCAAUGCAGCGCUGUGUUUGGCAGGGAUAGAGUGAGCUAUGAAUACGCGCUGUCUGGCCAGCGGGAUAAAUCGGUGAUAUUUGGAGCACGACUGGACUCCCGUUAGGAAACGUGAGAGAGCAGCCUCGCUAGCCUCCUGGCAGUAGCUAUUAGCUCCAUUAGCCAGCUAACAGCUACAAGGUGCUGGCUGGAGAUUUUAAAAAACGGUGUUUGACCGCUGUGGCCAGGUUUUGCCCACGUUUCCAUCUUCGCAACUCAUCUUCCCGCGGGAUUGUUUGGUGAAUUUACGUGUACGGGGAUGAAGUCUCAAAUGGAAGGGAGCCGCUUGACCUUGUUUGGGGGUCUGAUGCUGGCUCUGUCCUCCUGCCUUCGGCCCGCCACCGCAGAGAUCUGCACUCCCAGUAUCGACAUCGGCAACAACAUAAGUGAAUUCAGACAACUGGAGAACUGCACAGUGGUGGAGGGCUACUUGCAGAUCCUCCUCAUAGGUGACAAAAGCAACAACAACUUCAACCAGGAAGUCUUCCGCACCCUCAGCUUCCCCAAGCUGACCAUGAUAACGGACUACCUGCUGCUGUUCAGAGUUUCAGGCCUGGACAGCCUGAGCACGCUCUUCCCUAACCUCUCUGUCAUCCGUGGCCGUAACCUCUUCUACAACUAUGCCCUGGUGAUCUUUGAGAUGACCAGCCUGAAGGACAUCGGCCUGUACAACCUGAGAAACAUCACCCGGGGGGCCAUUCGCAUUGAGAAGAACCCAGAGCUCUGCUACCUCGACUCCGUAGACUGGUCCCUCAUCAUGGAUGCAGAGUUCAACAAUUACAUCGCAGGGAACAAGCAGUCCAAAGAGUGCAGUGACGUUUGUCCAGGCAUCAUGGAAAACAAUCCCAUGUGCAAAAAGACCAUGUUCAACAACAAUUACAACUACCGCUGCUGGAAUUCCCAUCAUUGCCAAAAAGAGUGUCCUGAAAAGUGUGGAAGGCGAGUGUGCACAGCUGACGGUGAGUGCUGCCAUCCUCAGUGUCUGGGCAGCUGCUCACUUCCGGGCGACGACACUGCAUGCGCCGCAUGUGUGCAUUACUACCACAACGGCAGAUGUGUGGCUGACUGCCCUCCAGGCACAUACAGGUUCGAGGGCUGGCGUUGCAUCAGUGCUGAUUUUUGCUCUAAAGUGCACCUUCCAGACUUUGACAUCUUCGUCAUCCACGGGGGAGAAUGUAUGCCUGACUGUCCAUCUGGGUACACGCGAUCCACACCUGACAGCAUGUCGUGCACCGCCUGCGAUGGCCUGUGCGAUAAAGUUUGUGACGGGAAGGUCAUUGACUCUGUGGAUGCUGCUCAGUCUCUCAAAGGCUGCACUGUCAUCAAGGGCGACCUGCAAAUCACCAUCCGCAGAGGCCAUAACAUGGUGGCAGAGCUGGAGAGUUUCACAGGUUUGAUCCAGAGGGUGACUGGUUAUGUCCGGAUCAGACAUUCACACACCCUGAGCUCACUGGCGUUCCUCCGAAGUCUGAGAUACAUCGAUGGAGAAAGCCUUCAUGAGGACAUGUAUGCCUUCUCAGCAUUCGACAACCAGCAGCUCCAGUAUCUUUGGGACUGGAAGCAGCACAACCUGACCAUAAAAGUGGGCAAGCUGUUCUUCCGAGCCAACCCGAAGCUGUGUAUGUCCGAGAUCCGCAAGAUGUGGGACAAGACGGGCGUCCGGGGCCGCUUUGAAGAGAGAGACUUCCGAAACAAUGGCGACAGAGCCAGCUGUGAAAGCACCAUCCUGCGGUUUACAUCCAACACCACCAGUGACAAGAGGAUCAAGCUGACAUGGCAGCGCUACCGACCUCCUGAUUAUAGAGACCUCAUCAGCUUUAUAGUCUACUACAAGGAGGCGCCGUUCCAGAACAUCACAGAGUUUGAAGGGCAGGAUGGUUGCGGUUCCAACAGCUGGAACAUGGUGGAUGUGGAACUGAGGCCAGAUAAGGAAAAGGACCCUGGUGUUCUUCUUUCCGGCCUGAAACCCUGGACACAAUACGCCAUUUUUGUCAAAGCUAUCACCCUCAUGGUGGAAGACAAACACAUGCCCGGCGCCAAGAGCAAAGUGGUCUACAUCCGCACCAGCCCUGCUGCGCCCUCCAUGCCUCAGGAUGUGCGGGCCUACUCUAACUCCUCCACGCAGCUGAUGGUCCGCUGGUCGCCCCCUGUCUCACCCAACGGAAAUCAGACUUACUACUGGGUGAAGUGGCAGCAACAAGCUGAAGACAAGGAACUGUACCAGCAUAACUACUGCUCUAAAGAGCUAAAGAUCCCAAUUAGGAUUGCUGCCACUGGAGACAAAGAAGAGGAUACAAAGCCCACUAAACCAGAUCCUGAUGGAGUAGAUAAGGGUCCUUGCUGCCCCUGCCCCAAAUCGCCUGAAGCCCUGGAGGCUGAAGCUGCCGAUGCCUCCUACCGAAAAGUCUUUGAAAACUUCCUACACAACACCAUUUUUACACCGAGGCCUCCAGAUCGGCGUCGCAGAGAUCUUUUUGGCAUCGCCAACUCCACCCGUUCACGCCGCUUCCAUCUUUACGCCAACAGCACUGCAAUUCCCCCCCCUCAGGGUGCCGUCAACAGCACCAUCCCUGACCCAGAACCAACUGAACAAGAGUACGAGGUCAUGGAUGACAAGGUGACCAACCAUGAGCUGCAGAUAACCGGCCUGGAGCCUUUCAGAGUUUACCGCAUCGACAUCCAUGCCUGUAACAGGCAGGUUCAGCAGUGCAGCGCGGCUGAAUUCGUCUUCUCCAGGACCAAGCCAGCAGAAAAGGCUGAUGACAUCCCAGGCCCAGUGAGCUGGGAGGGCCAUGAGGACUGGGUGUUUCUGCGCUGGCCAGAGCCCAGCCAGCCCAAUGGUCUCAUCCUCAUGUACGAGAUCAAGUUCAAACUGGCUGCAGAGGCCGAGAAGCAUGAGUGUGUUUCUAGACAGCUCUAUCGCAUCCAGCAAGGCGUUCGCCUGACCAACCUCAGUCCUGGAAACUACUCGGUCAGGGUGAGAGCCACAUCACUGGCUGGCAAUGGCUCUUGGACCCCCACCCUGAAUCUCUAUGUUUCUGAAAGUUCUGAAAGCGUCUUCGCUAUGAUCUUUGUUCCAAUCUUGACCAUCGUUAUAAUCUGCGCUUUGGUGUUGGUGCUGGUGGUCUUCAACAAGAAAAGGAACAGCGAUCGGCUUGGGAACGGAGUCCUGUAUGCCUCUGUCAACCCCGAGUACUUCAGUGCAGCAGAAAUGUAUGUCCCAGACGAGUGGGAGGUGGCCCGGGAGAAGAUUUCCCUCUGCCGGGAGCUCGGUCAGGGGUCGUUCGGGAUGGUAUACGAGGGCGUGGCCAAAGGUGUGGUCAAAGAUGAGCCAGAGAUCCUCGUCGCUGUAAAAACUGUAAACGAGUCAGCCAGCAUGAGGGAGCGGAUCGAGUUUCUCAAUGAAGCUUCUGUUAUGAAAGAGUUUAAUUGCCAUCACGUGGUGCGCCUUCUUGGUGUGGUCUCCCAAGGCCAGCCCACCCUGGUCAUUAUGGAGCUGAUGACGAGAGGAGACCUGAAGAGUUACCUUCGCUCCCUGCGUCCCAAAGAGCAACAGGUUUCCAGCCUGUCUCUCCCGCCACUGAAAAAAAUGCUUCAGAUGGCGGGACAGAUUGCGGACGGCAUGGCUUACCUCAACGCCAACAAGUUUGUCCAUCGAGAUCUGGCCGCAAGAAACUGCAUGGUGGCUGAAGACUUCACCGUAAAGAUCGGAGAUUUUGGCAUGACCAGAGACAUCUAUGAGACCGAUUACUAUCGCAAAGGUGGUAAAGGUCUGCUCCCUGUCCGCUGGAUGUCACCCGAGUCUCUGAAGGAUGGCGUUUUCACCACCAACUCAGACGUCUGGUCAUUCGGGGUUGUUUUGUGGGAAAUAGCCACUCUGGCAGAGCAGCCUUACCAGGGUCUGUCCAACGAGCAAGUCCUUCGCUUUGUAAUGGAGGGAGGACUGCUGGAGAAACCACAGAACUGUCCAGACAUGCUAUUCGAGCUGAUGCGUAUGUGUUGGCAGUACAACCCUAAAAUGCGUCCCUCCUUCGUUGAGAUCAUCAGCAGCAUCAAGGAGGAGCUGGACCCGUCUUUCAAAGAGGUUAGUUUCUACUACAGUGCCGACAACAAGCCCACUGAAGCUCCACAGCUCCACCUGGAUAAACUGGACCACUCCACGGAUGUUCCCCUGGAAUCCUCUUCUUCUUCGCAGCAGCAGCAGCAGAACCCCCCGUCUCCAAGCUCAGAGGGGGCGCCUGCCCCGUCACAAACGCCCAACUCCCCGUCCUCUCCCUGCACGUCGAGCGCAGUCAUGGACAAGCAGCCUUCGAGCCAGCAGGCGGCCAAUGGACUCUCUGGGACUGGCCUUCCUGCGAGUUCGGGACCAACAGUGCGGCCAAACCUGGACGAACUGCCGCCGUACGCACACAUGAACGGAGGACGCAAAAAUGAGCGCGCCAUGCCUCUCCCACAGUCGUCUGCCUGCUGA